AUAUCCUUUUUGUGAAUGUUUUCUAAAAUUGUCAUAGCUUUGUUUUCACUCCGAUGCAAAGACAACGUGGCAGGAAGCAGCUUUCAGUUUUGUUUCUGUGUGGGAGUGUGGGAGGGGAGAUAUUCCACCACAGACUGCUCAACAUGGCGGUACCCGUCCACAUGCUGUUCAACUACUGCAGAUGAUCCACAGCCUCCUUCAAGAAGUUACUCUUUCAGAGCAGUCCAGAAUCUGAUCGGUUGAGUCAACAACCAAACAAUGUCAAGGGAUUAAUAAAAGGAGGAUGAAGAAACAAAGUUGUACAAAGAGACAACAGACGGGUUCGUCCUCCCAUUCUAAACCUAAAAAGAAGAAGCAAGCUAAGAGACAAAACUGCCCCAAAUCAUCCACAGGACAAAAAAAAAAGCCUCAAAAUAAAUCCCAACUUCCUGUUACAUGUGGCUUUAAAGAGGGGGUCCUGUAUUUGAAGAAAUAUUGUGACAAGCAGAAGUGCAUUUCCAGUGAGAGCCAGUGGUUCACACCCCCUGAGUUUGAGAGGUUUGGGAUGAAGGAGAAGCACAAAAAGUGGAAGACAAGCAUCCUUUGCAAAGGGAUUCCACUCCAGAAACUCAUAGAGGAUGGAUUUCUCUUAAAUAUAAGCUUUAUUAAAAGCAAGGUUCAGGAUGCAAAGCAGAAGAAAAAACGCCACGUGGGUUUGAAAAAACAGGUUGUAGAAUCACCUGAUAAGAUCGAAGACAAGCAAGAUGAAGAUGAAGAUGAAGAUGACGCUGUUGACAUGAACAUGUUUGAAGGUCCAGUCCUUCCUGUUACCUGUGGAUCUGAUUCUGGGGUUCUACACAAAUAUCGAUUUUCCAAAGGGUAUUGUGGGAGAUGCAUAAGAACAGAGAGCCACUGGCUGACGCCUGAGGAUUUCACCAAACUGAGCAAAACAGAUGGAACAUGGAAGAAAGACAUUGUGUCCCAUGGAAUACCUCUUGGGAAGCUUAUAACGAAAAGCAUUUUGCAACCACAUACAGCCAACUGUGACUGUGAGAUCUGCGAAGAACCGUAUCAGAACCAACUAAAUGAUGACGUGUGUUUCAUCUGUGACUCUGAGGGAGAUCUUGUGUGUUGUGAUGAGUGUCCACGAGCUUUUCAUUCACACUGUCACCUACCAGCUGUACCUGAAGACUCACCUGGGAGCCAGUGGAGCUGCACGUUUUGUGUGAUGAUGAAGAGGGAAAGUUCGGGUCAAAAGACCCAACAGGAUGUUUUGAGCAGUCCAGUCUCUCAGUACACACUGCACUGCCAGUACCUGCUGUUACACCUGCUACACGAGAGCAUGAGCGACCCCUGUGCCAAAGGUCCAGGAUUCAGUGAGAACAUCUGUGGUCCCAUGAUGCUGGGCAGAGUGAAGCUGAACUUGGAGAAUAAUGAUUAUCAAACAGUGCGAGAGUUUGUCUCUGAUAUUGAAUACGUUUUCCACCACUGCACCGCCAAAAGGGAUAAUGACUUCAGUAGAAUGACCUCUAGGCUCACAGAACUGCUUGAAAUCAUCUUUAAGCUGCUGUAACAUCAGACCACUAGUAAACGUGUAACUGUGAAUAAUAUCCAGUCUUUUUCAAUCAAUAUCCCACAUACAGUAAUGUGUACAUUUGUACUUUUAAAAAAGAUUAAUGGCAUACAUGAGAAGUGCAGCCUUCUGUAUUUCAAUACAGUAACUGUGAUGCAAACUGUUGUCAGUUUAGAGCGGGUAAUACUAACAGACUGCAGUGUUAUAUUGACAAUAUGACUAAGCAUUUCCCUGUUGUUUGUGAACAAUGACUCAAGGACAUCAGGCAAGCCAGAGGUUUUUCCCCCCGCUGCCUGGCCAAGGCCAGGAUAUCCUGUUCUGUUGAAGAGGUUCUUUGGCCUGCUCCAGACCAAAAACAGGAUACUGGGGGGCAGAAUAAUUAUUUUUGAUGUUGUUUGCUGUAUUGAAUUGUACUGUACUCUACAGUACGUUAAAUUAAGAAAUACAACAGCUGGGGAGUACCACACUUAUUACCGUUUUUUGUAGUAUUGUUUUAAAUUGAUCUCAUCAGUGUGUAAAACUGUGUUGAAGUGUGUGUGUUUGUGACUGUUUGUGUGUCAUAUCUGAGAGCAAAGUUUGGUUUUUCAGCAAGAUUGAGUUGUUUUGACUGGAUAGCUUCAUUAUGAUCUAAAUAUAGGACGUCUGGGGAAUUGAGUUAAAGGCCGUGUUGCAAGGUUAAUUUUUUACAGAAUAUGUGCAAUUUACUUGUUGGUAAUAAACAUUUUAACUGUUA